GGCACUCACGGCCGGACGUUACUGCGCAGCCGCAGUGGCGUGAAGAUGGCGGCGCUGAGGCGCGGACUCGGAGCAUUGAGCCACCUACUUCCAUUAGUGCAGAACAAUGUUUCGAGAAGCUCCUCCGUUAUGCAGUUGGCCUCCAGGUUUACCACCAUUAGCGCCUGCCGUGUUCCGUCUCCGACCAUUUCUACCGUCACCAAAUUGGGAUCAUCUCUGGAAUAUAGAUUUGUUUAUGCACACAAACUUGCUGCUCUCAAAAGUAUGGUCCCUCAGGCUCCCAGUUUUCAACAGCCAGCAAGAACCCUAACCUAUUGCAGCAUUCGCAAAGGAAAGCGUAAAACUGUGAAAGCUGUUGUCAAGAGAUUCCUGCGGCUACACUGUGGACUCUGGCUGCGAAGAAAGGCUGGUUAUAAGAAAAAACUUUGGAAAAAGAGCGCAGAUAGAAAAAGGCGACUCAGGCAACAUGUGUUCUGCAACAAGACCCAAAGCAAACUAUUGGAUAAAAUGACGACUGAGUUCUGGAAAAGGCGAAAUUGGUAUGUGAAUGAUCCGUAUCAGAACUACCAUGAUCGAACAAACCUGAAAGUUUGAAUAUCUGACAGUUCUAGCUUUGAUCCAGGAACAGAAUUGGUGUCUGAUGCUCAGGACAUACUUUGAGCUUGAUAGUGACAGAUUUUACAAUGAUUGACAUUGUAAUAAUAUGAAAAAACUUGAAUAAAUUACCUUUUGCCUGUAAUAUUACUUUUAUGCAAGUUAUAUGACUGUGUUUUAUAUAACUUAAUAAAGCUUACCAUCAAUGUCACUUCUAACAAA